AUGGCCGCCCGCCGGUCUCUGGCUUGCUCCAUUCCCGUUCUCUGCUCCGUUCCCCGCACGCCCGCCGUUGCCCGAACCGCCUCUAAUAUCCGCUCCCUCACUGUCGCCACGCCCGCGGCUAGACUCUCUUCGCGGGGAGGUAUCUCAUACCCUACUGGAGUGUCUACUUCACGACGUCUUCAUGCAACAGCACAGCAGCUAGCCCCUGCCACUACAUCGGCAGCUUCAACUGCAACUGAAUACCCGACAGACCACAAGCCCAUUGCCUCCCCCAUCGACACUACAAACUUCCUAGAUAAUGAGUUCACUACAUCCAAAGCAUCUACCUGGAUUGACCUCUUUGACCCUGCCACCAACAACCUCGUUACCCGAGUGCCUCAGAGUACUGAUGAGGAGUUGAAGGCUGCGGUCCAGUCGGCGGAGAAGGCCUUCCCCGCUUGGCGCAACACUAGCAUUAUGGCCAGACAACAAAUUAUGUUCAAAUUUACCAGCCUGAUCCGUGAUAACUGGGACCGCUUGGCUGCUUCCAUCACUCUUGAGCAGGGUAAGACUUUUGCUGAUGCUCGAGGUGAUGUCCUCCGAGGCUUGCAAGUCGCCGAGACUGCCUGUGGCAUCACCACCCAGAUGCCCGGUGAGGUGCUCGAGGUGGCGAAGGAUAUGGAGACCCGAAGCUACCGUGAGCCAUUGGGUGUUGUUGCGGCCAUCUGCCCCUUCAACUUCCCCGCCAUGAUUCCUCUGUGGUGUAUCCCUAUUGCCACCGUCACUGGCAACUGCCUGGUUAUGAAGCCCUCCGAGCGUGACCCUGGUGCUGCCAUGAUCCUGGCUGAAUUGGCUAAGCAGGCCGGCUUCCCCCCUGGUGUAAUUAACAUUGUGCACGGAUCUGCCCGUACCGUGGACUUCAUCCUCGACGAGCCUGCCAUCAAGGCUAUCAGCUUUGUCGGUAGCAACCGUGCUGGUGAGUACAUCUACACUCGUGGCUCUGCCAAUGGCAAGCGGGUGCAGGCCAACCUGGGCGCAAAGAACCACGCCGCCGUCCUUCCUGAUUGCAAUAAGAACCAGACUCUGAACGCCAUCAGUGGCGCUGCUUUCGGUGCUGCUGGACAGCGCUGUAUGGCUCUGAGUACUGUCGUCAUGGUUGGUGAGACCAAGGAGUGGCUUCCUGAGAUUGCCGAGCGGGCUAAGGCCCUCAGCGUGAACGGUGGCUUCGAAGAGAAUGCCGACGUUGGUCCCGUCAUUAGCCCCGAGAGCAAGAAGCGUAUUGAGGAUCUGAUUGCCAGUGCUGAGGCAGAGGGUGCUACUAUCCUUCUGGAUGGCCGAGGCUGCAAGCCCGAGAAGUACCCCAACGGCAACUUUGUUGGGCCAACUAUCAUCACCAACGUCACCCCCGAUAUGAAGUGCUACAAGGAAGAGAUAUUCGGUCCCGUCCUUGUUUGCUUGAACGUUGAGACUCUUGACGAUGCCAUCAGCCUCAUCAACGCCAACGAGUACGGCAACGGUGCCGCGAUCUUUACCAAGUCUGGCUCCACUGCCUCCAAGUUCCAGAAGGAGAUUGAGGCUGGCCAGCUAGGAAUCAACGUCCCUAUUCCCGUUCCUCUGCCUAUGUUCUCCUUCACCGGUAACAAGAAGAGUAUCGCCGGUGGCGGUGCUAACACCUUCUACGGCAAGCCAGGCCUGAACUUCUACACUCAGCAGAAGACCGUGACUAGUCUGUGGAAGAGUGAAGAUGCAGUUAGCACCAAGGCUAAUGUCGUUAUGCCCACCCACUCUUAA